GACCCAGCCUCCCUCUCUCUCUCUCUCUCUCUCUCUCUCUCCGCCUCCGUCUCUCUAUCAGUCUUUCUUUUUUCCUUCUUUUUAAUCGUCGUCUCUUUGUUUUGCGCCCAUAUUCCCACCGUCAUUUUGUUUUUUAAACCCCCCAGUCCCCCCCACCCUCCUCGCCUGUCCGUCAUGGUCUCUCCGCGAAGCCCGUCGGGAUGUUCUGAGUGAGCGGGACUCGGGCAUCGUCAGGCCGGCGCGGAAUGGUAUUUAUGAACAGACAUUUCUUAUACAACUGCAGUGCUCCAAUCCUGGAUGUGAAGAUUGCCUUUUGUCAGGGGUUUGGUAAACAAGUUGAUGUGUCUUACAUCGCCAAGCAUUACAACAUGAGCAAGAGCAAAGUGGACAACCAGUUCUACAGCGUGGAAGUAGGAGAUUCCACCUUCACGGUUCUCAAACGGUACCAGAACCUCAAGCCCAUCGGUUCUGGGGCUCAGGGAAUAGUGUGUGCGGGAUACGAUGCCGUCCUGGACAGAAAUGUGGCUAUUAAGAAGCUCAGCAGACCCUUCCAGAACCAGACUCACGCCAAGCGAGCCUACAGAGAGCUGGUGCUUAUGAAGUGUGUCAAUCACAAAAACAUCAUCAGCUUAUUAAACGUUUUCACACCACAGAAAUCUUUAGAGGAAUUUCAGGAUGUGUAUCUGGUGAUGGAGCUGAUGGACGCUAACCUAUGCCAGGUGAUUCAGAUGGAGCUGGACCAUGAGAGGAUGUCCUACCUGCUGUACCAGAUGCUGUGUGGCAUCAAACACCUACACUCUGCUGGCAUCAUCCACAGGGACUUGAAACCUAGCAAUAUCGUGGUGAAGUCGGACUGUACGCUGAAGAUUCUGGACUUCGGGCUGGCGAGGACCGCCGGAACCAGCUUCAUGAUGACGCCCUAUGUGGUGACCCGGUACUACAGGGCCCCUGAGGUCAUCCUGGGGAUGGGCUACAAGGAGAACGUGGACAUGUGGUCAGUGGGCUGUAUCUGUGGAGAGUUGAUCAGAGGGAGUGUGCUGUUCCCAGGAACUGAUCAUAUUGAUCAGUGGAACAAGGUGAUUGAACAGCUGGGCACUCCUUCACCCGAGUUCAUGAAGAAGCUGCAGCCCACCGUGAGGAACUAUGUGGAGAACCGGCCCAAAUACGCCGGCCUCACCUUCCCCAAGCUGUUCCCCGACUGCCUGUUCCCCGCAGACUCCGAGCACAACAAACUGAAAGCCAGCCAGGCCAGAGACCUGCUGUCCAAGAUGUUAAUUAUUGAUCCUGCUAAGCGGAUAUCAGUGGACGAGGCCCUGCAGCACCCCUACAUCAACGUGUGGUACGACCCAUCUGAGGUGGAGGCUCCUCCCCCUCAGAUCUACGACAAGCAGCUGGAUGAGAGAGAACACUCCAUCGACGAGUGGAAAGAACUGAUCUAUAAAGAAGUGAUGAACUUUGAGGAGAGAACGAAGAAUGGCGUGGUGAAGGGACAGCCUUCUCCCUCAGGUGCAGCCGUGAACAGCAGCGAGAGCCUCCCUCCGUCCUCCUCCGUCAACGACAUCUCCUCCAUGUCCACCGACCAAACCCUGGCCUCCGACACAGACAGCAGCCUGGAGACCUCCGCCGGACCCCUCGGCUGCUGCAGGUGACUAGCCGCCUGCCUGCGCAACCCCAUGUUCUUCAGAAGGUGAUCGGACCCCCCUCCUCCCCGAACGAGAACAAAAACACGCGCACAGAUUCAGCGCUCCGCGAGAAAACGCUCGAUAUUGUAAUGUGUAAAAACAACGAUAAUUAUUAUAAUAACGACAGUAACAAUAAUAACGAGAUGCUCCACAGAUCUGACGUAUAGUUUCAUGUCAUUUAAGUACUGGGUAACUAAAAACGCCUGCACUGUCAUUCAAAGGAAAAAAGGUAAAAAAAAUAAACAAAUAUAAAUGAUAAGGAUAAAAAAACAUGUAUACUUAUGAAACCCUCACUAGUUGCUUUGCUUUGUACUCCCUUCAUAUGGCAUCUGAAAAAAGAGGCAUCUCUGUGAAGUGUGAUGAUAAUUCUGAUUAUAAUGAUAUUAAUAAUAAUAAUACUGUUAACUGGAUGAUCCCCAGUACUUUGCAAGCUUCUGUGCUCUUUCAGUCGAUGUGGCAAGGUGGGCCUCUGUGUUUAUGACUACUCAAACACCCCCCCCUCCCCUCCCCUCCCCUCCCUGAUGUGAUGGUUUUGUGCCAGACCCUCCAGAAGCAGGGGGUCCCGAUCAGAGGAUUGUGUUUGUGCUGGGCUCCGCCUCGUAAGGGGGGCCACAUGUAACCCUAUCUUUGUAUAUAUGUAAUUGUGUACAGCAGUGAGGCAUCUCGAGUGGGACUGACGGCCAGUAUCGGGAGUUCUCGUGCGCACCUUGCCACAUCUCCGCUUUGACCUUAGUUGCCCUGCCUGUAGUCUUGCAUGACCAGAAAAAAACCGCAAGUGACUGAGCUUAUUAUGACAUAACCCAGUAUAGAAGACCUUCGUCUGUAUACUAUGUAAGUAAACUAAUCUACUGGACGCUGCGAGGCGAACGUCAGGGGUUCUGCUGGUGAAGUGGUCGUAUAUGUUUCUGCAGGAAGCCGUGGGGGGGGGGCAAGCACUGUCGGUUCCGUCCUCGGUGGGUUCUCCCUUCCAUAGACAGCACCCUUCACCGUUUUCCGUUUUUUUAAGGGAAUGUUUCCGUUUCUUAACCUCUGUUUGCUGCGUCUGUAGUUUGGGCUCAGUUUCCACUCAGAACACACAACAGAAAAUCUGAAAUAUAGUCAAGGAAUCUAAAGUUUCUCCUGUUGAGAUUGUCGUGAGCUUAUUUUAAGAUUAUUGGCUGUAUUUCUAAACAAUUUCUACCUGUUUUAAGUAAUUUUAUCGAGGACAAUUAUCUCGUUAUGUUGGCAGAUGGUUGUGCUUGCUUUAGUAAAUGAGCUAAAUGUAUUACUUAAUAAAAUGACCUAAAACAAGCUUAUAAUAAGUGCACAGCCAUCUCAAAAGGGAAAUAUGACAUAGAUUGACUAGAUUUAAGAUCAUCUCUCAUGACAGGGAACCUUUUUUUUCAGUAGAGGCCCAAAGCUUCACUGCAAGAAAAUAGAUCUGAUCAAGUGAAAUGAUCUUAAAUCUAGUCAAUUAUACUAUUAUAAUAUUAUAAGAUUAUCUGCCAAGACAGUGAGAUCAAUUUACUCAAUAAAUGACUUAAAACAAGUAAACAGGUCUAGAAAUAAGUUAAAUAAUCUUAAAUUAAGCUUCCAACACUCUGAACAGGAGAAGCUUUAGUUUUAUUGAGUGUACUGAGGAGCUGAACUCUGUCAGUAAACGUUUGCGUUUGGCGUGUAUUUUGGAAACUCUUUCGACUUUACUGCAAAUAAGGUGUCCUGACCAUUAAAAUGAUCUUAAAUCUAGAAACACAUCUCUCAUUCCUCCGGGCGAGAUUGUUGGAAACUUAUUUCCAAACAUUGUGACUUGUUUUAAGUCAUUUAUCAAGUCAGAUUAUGUCGGCAGAUCAUUUUCCUUUGGAAAUGUUCCUGAGACGGGAGCAGCAGACAGAGAUUAUUCCUUUAUUCCACGCGUCUUGUACUGUUUACCCAGAGCGGCUUGAGUGCACCGUAAGGAUGUGAGUGCAGAGAUUGGAAAACAGCUGUUUGUCUUGCCUUAGGCUGCCUUGCAUGUCACGUCCUCUAACCCUUCCUCUGAUUCUCCAUCACCUCUCAGUGUAUAUAUAUAUAGAUACUCAGUGGAGUCCAAAACUCUAAGACCACAUUAAAAGUUAAAACGGAUAAAAUGAAAAAGAAAUUCUGCUGCAUUUCCAGCUCACUGCUCCAAACCAAGCUGGCGUGUGUGAAGUUGAGCUGUUUGUACUAAAAGCUCAGUGUUUUUAGUCUGAUCUCUUCCAGUGAAGCUGGAGUUCAGACUCUCAGGUGGGUCUGAUCUGCUGAUCAGAGGGUUUGUGGAGUUCAUGCAGCUCGAGUGCACGUUGUAAUUCAAAGCAGAGCAGGGACACACCACCAAAUAGUGAGGGAAGCUAAAAUUCAUGUUCCAAUUUCAAAGAUUCUAAUGCUGGAUUGCGAAAUAGAGGCACCGUCACCAGUGCUGUCAGGCUUUCGGACCCCCACUGAAUGUUUGUAUAUAUAUACACACAUUUGUGAAAAAGGCCUAUUGCCAAAGUACAGAGUCUGUGUAGUCUGUGUAGAGAGCAGAGCAAUUUCAGAAGGGGGCGCCGGGUCAAAGCAUUCUUACCUCAUCCUCUCAGCCUCGCUUUCUAACGGGUUCAUUGCCCCCCACCCCCCCACCCCCAGCCCACAUUAACAGUCAUGUAUUUACGUUUCUCGUCUGAAGGGAAUCCUACAUUUGCUGACUACCUAAAGGAAAAGCUCUGGGUGAGAUGAAGACAUUCUGAGUGAGUUUAUUUAUUUAUUGAAGGUGUUUAUUUUCUAAGACGGAAGCUGAAUCGGGUAGUGCCUUUGAAAUAAUGCAGUUUCCACUUCUUUCAUCGAGAAAAUGACCAUAGCAGUAAAGCGACUGCAGUGAAGGGCAGUUAAGAGUUCAGGUGAGGUUGCCCAGGCGGCGGCUGGGUCAUUUCCCAUCACUACAGCCAAUCUAGAGCUAUAUUAGUACGUCGGCGGUGCCUGGUGUGUCGGGUCUCUUCCCUCCCAACCUCUUAGUCUUAGUAUGCACAUAGUCACCGAAUCUCCAGACCAUGUCCUCCCCCUCUUUAAGAAAAGAGAACAAACCCUCACACAUAAUUGUUGCAUUUCUAAAUGAUGUAAUGUAAAUGAAACCUCAACCUUUAAUCACACGACUGGUGUUUUUCAGUUCUAGACUAAUGAUAAGCCUCAUUCCGUAAAUGUUAUGAAGUACACAGUAAAAAAAAAGGAUCAUAUAAUAUUUAAGUUGUAUGGUUUUGUUUUGUAUCUGUACUUGUCUGAUUUGAUCUGUGUACUAAACCAUUUUAAUAAAGGAAUGAAAUGCA